AUGACUACUGAUCCCUUCGGUACGAAUGAACACCCAGAGGUCUCUGGCAAGCUGCAGGAACUGUGGGAUGUUCUCUUCAUGCACAACAAGGUCAAUGUUGCAAAGUGUCCUGCUAUCAAAAAAGUGGCAACGGACCGGCUGAAUGAGUGGCGGAGUAUGCUUGGGAAAAAUGCCAUCAAGAUUCUCGAACGUGAACUCAAAAAAGCAGAAUAUCGACUCGACACCAACGCUUGUAUCAAAUUCGUCCAAGAUCGCCUGCCUCAAAAAAUAGAUGGUCAAAAACGCGUGCCAUUCAUUUACACUGAUCAUGAGGGUCUGAAAGGAUUGUGGUUGGCUCCCAUGCUCCUGGAGUUACUUGCGGCACAUGCGAGGCAUUGUGGAACAUCAUUUCAAGCAUUUGGGAAACCUGCAGGUGCAUUAGGGGUUUGUGCAGCUGCGGCGCACCGCGCACUAUUUUUGUACAAAGAUGGGGAUUCUGCGAAAGAAGCUGCCAAGGACGCGAAGUGUGCCGGUCUCCCUUCCCAGCCCACGAAAAACCUCUCCUUCAAUGCAGCAUGGGGCAGUGUCGCUAUGCAGUACUCCCUGCAGAUGGCUCAACUCCCAGAUAAAAAGUGGGAUCAGAUUGUGGAUGGGAUGUGGGAGCUCGUAGGUGAAGACUCUCUUGUCCGUCAUGUCCAUGUUGCCUUGGAUGACGAUUCCAUGGAUGUUCGUAAUGCCAUUCCCCUCUUGGACAACGAUGAAGAGAAUUCUUAG